AUGAGGCGCCUAAGCAGCGUCACCAUGGCCACAGUAUUGGACCAAACGGAGUACCAGCAGCGGUACCACACUGAGGAUGGGGAGGAGGAGGAAAAGGAGCUGAACAAGGACCAGCUGAUGGUCUCCUUCCUGCUGUCCAAGGGAAAGGUAUACAAGUGUGAGCACUGUCACAUCAUCUUUGAGGACUGCACCCUUUAUCUGCUUCAUAACCGUUUCCAUGCCAACGAUCGGGACCCGUUCAAGUAUCAGAUCUGCAAAAAGUCGUGUGAUGGCCGCGUGGAGUUCAACUGCCAUCUUACCAGCCACAUCAAGUAAGCAACAACACAGGUUGCCAUUUGGGCUUUAGAAAAUGGGUUUUAUUUUAGAUGUGUUGUAGGUACACUGAAAAAGUCCAUCAGAUCCUGGAAUAUAUGCACUUGGAAAAUAAUGUUUGUUCAAGAAAAUAAAUAAAGGAA